UGUUCCCACCCAGUCACCUCCAUCACACGCAGAGAUCAUCCACUCGUCUCCCUUUACCUCACAGGUACGUGAGCCCAUCAAUGCCGCUCUCUGCCCAUCACCUCGUGCAAGAUGUCAGAUGACGGGGACGAGUUCGAUGCUCUGUAUGGGGACAGCUACGAUGACGAGACGCUGGCCCAGGCAGAGUUCGUAGCUAGCCAAGCUGUACCUGGACCUUCACAAACUCCCAUCGCGGCCAGUAUCAGCCGGGUAGGACCCAAGAAUGGAGUGAGGCAUGCAAACUCGAACUUAGGCCUUCCACGAGGCUCUCGCUACGCCAAUGGCCGUGUCCUGUCACCGCCUCCUUCGAAGAGGCAGAGGCUCGAUCUGCAUCCUGCUCCAGCUCAGGUCGCUCCGGAGGAAGAAGAGGAGUCCCUGGAGGUGAUAUGGACCGAGAAUGGAUAUGUCACGCGGGCUUCUUCGCAAAGACAAGCACGAAGAGGCCCAGGUCCCGACGACUUUGAGAUCAGACAUUCUGGACCUGGCAGACCUCCUGCCAUCGGAGCCGGGUAUGGCCAGUCUCUCCAUGAGGAUCCAUGGGAGGGGGAGGAGUGGACGACGGGAGCCGGUGAUGUGGAAGAUUGGGACAAGGCAGAAGAAGAGGCAGUGAGGCUUUCGCAGCAGCCCGGAUCUUCCAAACAACAGCAGCCACCGCCACAGGCUGCUCCGUCUCGCAAACUAGGAGUCGGAGUGCCACGACAAGAGAGGAUCAAUAAUGCUCGAGAAGCGGCAGGUCUCCCUAGCCCAUCUCCCGCCUAUCUACCUCCGGAUAGAGGCCAGGGUGGACUCAAUGGGCAUGCAGCGCCAAGCAAACCAGCUGCUCAGCCAGCAGCGGCAGCGCUCACAGGCCCGAACCUCAAUGCUAACCAGCGCCAUGAGCUGGAGGAUCUACGAGCCCAGCUACGAGCUGCCCUGGCAGAGACUCGGAUGUCCAAAAACAAGAUGUACGCACGUGAAGGCGAAGUGAAGAUGGUCAGAGAGCGCAACGAGAAGGCAGAGAGGGAGCUUGCAGAACUAAGGCUCAAAGCUCAGAAGCAACAAGAAGAGUUUCAGAAGCAGCUCGAGGAGAGGGAAAAGUCCUUCGCGGCCGAAAAGGAGAGGAUCGACACCAACGCUGCGUUCUUCAGACUGGAGCACGAAACUUCGGUGAAGAGGGUCGCCUGGCCUGGUUCAGUACGGCGGAGAGGGACCGGGCCGGGUCGAGGGAUCGGGCCUGCUGGCUCGCAAAGCAUUGGCUUCUCCCAGAGCCAAUACGCACCACCGCCUGUGAUGCCCACCACUCCGACUAGGCGCGGUCGAGGGCAAGGAUUACCUUCGCCUUCUACGCCUCAUCGAUCUGGUAGUCAAGGAUACAGUUCGCCCUCAAGAAGAGUGGGGCUGGACGACAGCCCCUCCAAAGGAAGAGAUCAGAAUCGCAGAGACGAUCUCAUUGCCCCUGCGAUCCUCAACAAAACCCGCGGCUCAGCUCAGAAGAAAGUGGCGGCUUUCCCAGGGUUUGACAACUCCUUCACCGCCGAGCUGCCAACGAAACGCACUCCAAAGCCAGUGGCAUCGCGGCUGCAGGACAUCAGUGAGCGAGCUGGCGCCUCACAAACUCAUGACAUCGAUAUGACGAUGAUUGCAGACGACCCUGUACCAGCGAACCAAGCAGACACAACCAUGACUUCUCUGCCUCAGACGACCUUCGACGGAAAGGCCAGCACUAUAGCUACCCGACAGCGUCGCUACAGGUGGGCCGUAUCUGCGCUCUUCCGCCGCCGCGCAGCGUUGGUAGGUCUUCUGCUGGCUCACUCUUCUCCUCAGUCAGAGCCUCCUCUCAGCCUACCUCGAUCGCGAUAUGUCACAAGUAGUGUGGCCACGCCAAAGCCCGUGGCUGAUCAUACAGCUACGAUACAUCGGGUACUGGACGUCGACCUGCCAACAGAAGUACGGCCUGAGCUUCGAGGACGACAACAAGUCGCCACAGAGCUCUUGCUGACGACGAUGACCGACGGGACCAGUGGCAAUGGCGGUGAGCAUCGCUUCACCUUCCUCGAUCUUCUGCCUGACGAGCUACCUGCAGAUCAAGAAGCAUUAGACGAGCUUGAUGGACGUGACUACUGGGACUGCCAAGAAGCCAUCGACGAAGGGAUGCAGGACCUCUACGAGGACCUAGCGGUAUCUCUGCGGACCCUGCUCGGGCUCUACCUUCGACUCUGCAUGACAGAUGCACUCCAAGACGUGAUGGCGCUGAUGACGGCACUGUCGGUUGCAGAGCCUGCAAUCAUCAAUGCUUUCAUGAGCUCUGAGCUAGCGUAUGAGCUAGAGGUUCCCCCUCAAGCGAGCGAAGAAAUGGCAGAUGGAGUCAACAUCGCUGCUGCGACUCAACAGCCAGGGACUCAGCAACGCCGGCGAAGUCUGACAGCUCGCCCUCCAGUGCCGACGCCAGACCAGAUCCCCUCUUGCCUGAUAGAGUGUAUAAGAAAGGCCGGGGGAGUGUUGCCACUGCGGAUUACAAGCCCUGAGUCGAUUGCACCGCCUGAGCCAGAGCCUCUGCAAGUGGCUUCUCAGCGUCCCAAUGCAACGCAGUCGCGCAAAAUCCGAGCCAAGGCUAAGCGAGACAACGAAGCUUCUCUCAACAUCUCAUGGGAUAUGGGUACGGACCAACGCGAGGAUGUGCUUGAGACGGUCCUGUCGCUUUUGGAAGUCUUUGUCUGGCACAUUGGGGACCAGAGCGGCUACUACCUGAAGAGUAUCUUCGAAGCGCCGGGAACCAUCGCGAUCUUCCUGGAUGUGAAGAGACCAGCAGAGACGAUACGGAGAUUCGUCCGACUGCUCACUCAGCUCGUACAGUACCCGGACAUGUGGAAGACUCUCGUCGUCUGCAAGUUUGAUCCAGAUCUGCAGGUCGGUCUGCCAGCUUUAGUCUACCAGUCGCGCACACCACUGUUGGACCUACUCGCCAAGCAUCUCGUUGAUCUGAGACACAAUCAGAGCACUUUUGAUGCUCAUCGGCUUCAUUGUGGAAUCAACAUCUUCAUCUCACAGCUGGUGAUCAAGCACCACGACGCGUUGCUGUUGGCGAGAGAAUCGCAAUCGCUGUUUGCUGCGCUGGUGCAGGCUAUCCAUACAGAUACGUCGAUCAUAUGGAAUGAGGAUGGCCUACGCAGGGGUGGGGAGGAGACAGUCGCUCAAGACAUCGUAACGCGCAUCGUCCUCGACGUUUCCCUCCUCUCUCAGAUCUUUCACCAAGAAGACCACCCACAAGAUCUAGCGGACCGUCUCAACUCGCACGAGUCUCACCUCCUCCUCAAUGGCAUCCGACACUGCUUUAUCCUCGCUUUCAGUCGUUUAGCCUUUGCCGAUGAACCCUCUUGGAUUCCGGAAGAAUGUGUAAAGGAGUUGGGAAAUGUGGCUGACAAGUGUAGCGAUUUGAUCGAGAUGGUGCUAAGUCCGGAUGAGGUCGAGGCGGUUUGGGAGAUUUGUGCCGAGGAGGAGGGAGAUGAGGAGCAGGUCGAUGAAGGAGAGGAAGAGGAUGAGGUCAUGCUCGAUGGAGAGGUCGAUAGACUCAAUGGACAAGCCAGCCGAGGCGCUGGCACGGGUGGCGUCUAUGGGUCUCAGACACAGUCCGAGUCGUCUGUGCCUCCUGCGGCUGCUGCUCCCCUCGCAUCUCGCUGGGAGAAGACACGCAUUAGAGACGCUUCGAUCAGGGGUGCAAGCGGGGCGACGAAUGGGCGUCCACGCGAUCGUGGCGAAGUAGGCGUGGGUGACGAUGACGAAGAAGCUGCCAUGUGGGGUGCUCGGUAACCAGUCCAGGUUGUCUAUCUUUGAUCUACGAGAAGUAUUUGUAUUUGUACACCACAUCUAGAUCAGCCACUUUGAGACGUCUGUCUAUCUCUAUCUCUGCGUUCCUGUCCGGAGGACUUGUACGA